AUGAGUAUCUUCUUCAUGGACAUCAACUUUACAGGAGAUAUCCUCGUCGAAGAUGCGGAUACACGUAGACUGUAUUUCAAUGCUCUCGCCACCUGCUACUGUCUACUUGGCAUGAUGCACGCUCGAGUGGGCUACUGGCUGCCAGCUUGCCGCGGUUUUGCGACGUUCCAUUUGGCCUUGAACGCGGCGAGCGCGAGCCUCUACAUCUGGGCCGGCCGCAGCCCUGAAGGGCGAUGCCAGGUGAUUUCUUGGUUGGCUUGUGCCUUGUUCUUUCCGAGGACUUAUGGGCGGUCGUUGCAUGACCCUGGCUCCACCACCAGACAGAGAAAUGCAAAGGACUACAUUGGUCGUUCCCAGACCGUCAUGAUCACAACUCUAGCCUUGUUGGGGAAGUUCAUUACAAACGGAGUUCGGCCAGGCGAGGCUGAAGUGGGGCACGUUCGCUUCUGGGACGUUGUGGCUUCAUUCCUGCUCGUCAUGCUCAUCAAGAUCCUGCUUUACGACGUUCAUGUAGCAGACACCCAGUGGCACGCCAUCCGCUGCACUCAGACGCCUUUGCGUCCCACGACCUUCCUUGCGCUGAUCCCAGUGGCCAUGGCUGGGGUUAUGAUGAUGGCUGCUGGUGCCUUCCUGGUCGUAGAUCAAGAGUUCAAGGAUUACGGGGAUGCCGGGGCAGCUGCAAACCGCAGAGCAGGGCGCGACCUGAGCCAAGGUUUCGGUAUUCUGCUGCUGGUGGCGACGAUCCAGCGUCUGCUGCACAAAGAGCCUCCCGCGCCACCGGGAAAGGCGCAGCUGAACGCGAUUUGGAAGGUACAAGUUGGUGCACAGCUGCUCUUCGCUGGGAUGUCCCUGUACUUCUCUGGCAAGAUCUCUGGGAGAGCGGGUCUCUACGCAUGUGUUGUUCUGUCACUGAUCCUGGUGGCAAUCAACUUUCUGGAUGAGUUCGAGGAGCUGAGGGAGUACCGCGGUAACUGGAAAGUGGUGCAAGCCUGA